AAUUGAACAACUUGGAUAUCAGGUUCACACUGCCUGUGGGUUUGCAAUUAGAAUUAUUUUCUAAUAUAUGUGCCAUAAUCAAUUUAUUUAAUUUUCUUUCAUGAGACUGCGGAUCAAAUUCUUCCUCCAAUCGCUGAAAUUGUACUCGUAACCAAUCGAAGACCACCCCCAUUCCCUCAAGUUUGCGUUGCAAAUCGUCUGUUCUUUCUACGGCUCAUCGUCAUCUCCUCAUCAGAACAUGACAGAUAACCAAGGGCCAAUAUUGACAAUAGAUGGAACUUCGACCGACCGAUCAUCAUUGCUCAAGCUUAAUCACUGGCAACGGUGGCUUUUGGUGGCUCUUAACAUACUUUUUCUUCUUGUUGGUCAAGCCGCUGCUGUUCUUUUAGGAAGAUUUUAUUACGAUCAAGGAGGAAAUAGUAAAUGGAUGGCUACGCUUGUCCAAACUGUUGCUUUCCCAAUGCUUCUAAUCCCGUAUUUUUGUCUCCCUUCCUCUCAUGAUCCUUCAACUGCUUCUACCUCUCCUUCUAUCCCCAUCAUUUCCUCAAUCUACUUCGCUCUUGGAGUACUAAUUGCAGGUGAUAAUAUGCUUUAUUCCGUUGGACUUUUAUACCUCUCUGCCUCUACUUAUUCCCUCAUUUGUGCAACCCAAUUGGCGUUUAAUGCGGUGUUCUCUUUCUUCAUCAAUUCUCAGAAGUUCACUGCACUAAUUAUGAAUUCCGUAGUUGUCCUUUCCUUAUCUGCUUCUCUCAUUGCGGUGAAUGAUGAGUCUGAUAAGCCAUCUGGAGUCUCUAAUGGGAAAUAUUUCCUCGGACUCCUAAGUACAAUCGGAGCUUCUGCUCUUUAUUCUCUUUUGCUUUCCCUUAUGCAGCUUUCAUUCCAAAAGGUUUUGAAAAAGGAAACGUUUUCUGUGGUUUUGGAAAUGCAAAUUUAUACCUCGCUCGUAGCCACAUGUGUUUCUACUGUGGGUCUUUUUGCCAGCGGGGAAUGGAAGACUUUAGAGGGAGAAAUGGAUGGUUUUGGCAAGGGGAAAGUCGCUUAUGUGAUGACGUUGGUGUGGACAGCCGUGUCUUGGCAAGUUUGUUCUGUUGGUGUGGUUGGAUUGAUUUUCACGGUGUCUUCUUUGUUCUCGAAUGUUAUCAGUACUUUUUCCUUGGCUCUUACUCCUAUUGCUGCAGUGAUUUUCUUCCACGACAAAAUGAACGGUGUAAAGAUAAUCGCUUUGCUUCUAGCUCUUUGGGGUUUUGCAUCUUACAUCUAUCAGAACUAUCUCGACGAUCUCAAGGUAAAGAAAACACAAAGUGAGGUCAGUAAGGCCACAAAUGAUUCAAACUGUUGAUGAUUUCUGGAGGAUAACCUUGAAAUAAUGCACCAAACAUCAUUGUUUAGAACUGUCGAUUAUAUUCAACUGUGAGUUUGUAGCGUAUGCCUUUAUCACAGUUAGGAGAUUUUACAGAAUUAUUUUUUGUUGAAUUGUGGUAUAUGAUCAAUGCCCAUUAGUUUUAAUGAAGCUAACCAACCAUGUUCUAUACGUGGAUCUGGUUGUUGUUUGGUAAUAAAGUCAUUUUCUUGUGAUCUA